AUAACUUAAUUCAACAGUUUUCUGUAGGAAGACAUGAGGUCUUGCCUCACAGGAUGUUGGGAAGCUUAAAUCAUUGUAAAUUGCUUUCAGAGCGUCUGUUGGGGAGGUACUCUGGUGGAGUUGUGAUGUUGAUUGUUUGGUUUUCUUGUUUUUCUUGUGUUAUUACUAGGCAGGGAGCUUCAAAUAAAGAAUAACAUCUUACCCUUAACUGGCCCCAUUUUCCUAAGGUACUUCACUGACUCUACCAAGUAAGAGACUUUUGGCUGAAAUUACAAAAAUUUCUCCCUUUGUUUUCACAGUCAAAAAUUACUGAGGAGAAAAGAAAAUAGAUCUUGAGUCUGAUUUAACUGAGUUUCACUUACUUAGGGACAUAGUUUUGAUGAUAUUCAUGAUUUUAUCUUUGCUUCUUUUUUUAAGUGGUUUAUUAUACAGCUACUGAAGGCAGCUGAAGCUUUGAAGGAAGGGUGGGAAUAUGCAUUGCGUACAGACUUGCAGGUUUUGGUGUUGGGAGGGGAUUUCUUUGCUGGGGCUCUGUGCUGUGGGCAGUGUUCAGUGGUGUUGGGCGUGUGCUGGCAACACGCAUGCGUGGAGCAGGAAUGGGGAAGUCGGGCACUUGCUGCCAGCGGAGAGUGUACUGAAAAGUUUGAGAGAGCAAACAGGAAGGGGAAAAAAACCCUGAAUCUGUCAGACAUAGUCUUCUGGGCUUAUGGUAUGUGUUGUUCAUGGAGCUUACCAGGCAGAGGUUAUGUUUCACACUAUGUGCAGACUGUCUGUACUUACAGAAGAUAUUUAAAACCAAACAGACUUUUUUGCAAAAUUUUGAUUCCAGUGGAAUCUGUACUUUAGAUUUUUGUCUCGUCAAUUAACUCCUGAAGCAAUGCCUGUACAAGCUCCACAAUGGACGGAUUUUCUCUCCUGCCCGAUUUGCACACAGACUUUCGACGAAACGAUCCGCAAGCCCAUCAGCUUGGGCUGUGGCCACACUGUCUGCAAGAUGUGCCUCAACAAGCUCCACCGUAAGGCAUGUCCCUUUGACCAGACCACUAUCAACACAGACAUCGAACUCCUUCCUGUGAACUCAGCCUUGCUGCAGCUUGUGGGUGCUCAGGUUCCUGAGCAGCAGCCGAUUACUUUAUGCAGUGGAGCUGAAGAUACCAAGCAUUAUGAGGAGGGCAAGAAAUGUGUGGAAGAAUUGGCAUUGUACCUCAAACCACUCAGCAGUGCAAGAGGUGUGGGUCUUAACAGUACUACUCAGAGUGUGCUGAGUCGUCCCAUGCAGAGGAAACUUGUGACAUUAGUCCAUUGCCAGCUGGUGGAGGAGGAAGGGCGGAUCAGAGCCAUGCGUGCAGCUCGGUCACUGGGUGAAAGAACAGUCACAGAGCUCAUUCUCCAGCAUCAAAACCCUCAGCAGCUCUCCUCCAACCUCUGGGCUGCAGUGAGAGCCAGAGGGUGCCAGUUCCUUGGGCCAGCAAUGCAAGAGGAGGCUUUAAAGCUGGUUCUGCUGGCUUUAGAAGAUGGGUCUGCUCUGUCUCGAAAGGUCUUGGUUCUCUUUGUGGUGCAGAGACUGGAGCCACGAUUUCCUCAGGCUUCCAAAACUAGCAUUGGGCAUGUUGUCCAGCUCCUUUACAGAGCCUCAUGCUUCAAGGUGACCAAGCGAGAUGAAGACUCCUCCCUGAUGCAACUGAAGGAGGAAUUUCGGACUUAUGAAGCUCUGAGAAGGGAGCAUGACUCCCAGAUAGUUCAGAUAGCCAUGGAAGCAGGAUUGCGCAUCGCACCAGACCAGUGGUCCUCGCUGUUGUAUGGAGACCAGUCUCACAAAUCCCACAUGCAGAGUAUCAUUGACAAGUUGCAGACCCCAGCCUCAUUUGCACAGAGUGUUCAGGAAUUAACUAUUGCUCUUCAGAGGACUGGAGAUCCAGCUAACUUGAAUCGUCUUAGACCUCACCUAGAGCUCCUAGCAAAUAUUGAUCCCAGUCCAGAUGCUCCACCUCCAACAUGGGAACAACUGGAGAAUGGACUAGUUGCUGUGAGGACUGUGGUUCAUGGCUUAGUUGAUUAUAUCCAGAAUCACAGCAAAAAAGGAACAGAUCAACAACAGCCCCCUCAGCACAGCAAGUACAAGACAUACAUGUGCCGUGACAUGAAGCAGAGAGGAGGAUGUCCCCGGGGGGCCAGCUGCACCUUCGCACACUCACAGGAGGAGCUGGAAAAGUUCCGUAAAAUGAACAAGCGUCUUGUUCCCAGAAGACCCCUUAGUGCCUCCCUGGGCCAGCUGAACGAGGUGGGCCUGCCUUCCGGAGCUAUCCUCUCAGAGGAAGGGGGAGUGGACUUGCCCAAUAGGAAAACUUCUGCUCUGCCAAAUGGAAUUGUGUCAACAGGCAGCACAGUGACGCAGCUCAUUUCUCGAGGCACUGACUCCAGUUAUGAAAGUGCCCUGAAGCCGGGGAAGAUGGACCAUCUGAGUAGCAGUGCCCCUGGAUCCCCUCCUGACUUGCUGGAAUCUGUUCCCAAGAGCUCUAUUUCUGCCUUGCCAGUGAAUCCUCAUCCUGUGCCUGCUCGGGUGCCAGCAGAUCUGCCCUCGGUGUCUGUCACCAAGCAGUUGCAGAUGGUACCACGAGGGUCCCAGCUGUACAAUGCACAACAAGCAGAUAUGUUUUAUCAAGACCCCAGAGGGGCUGCCCCAUCGUUUGAGCCAGCACCCUAUCAACAAGGAGUGUACUACCCCACUCAGUCCAUGUCUCGUUUUGUCCGACCUCCUCCGUCAGCACCUGAGCCGGGUGCGCCGUACCUGGAGCACUACGGGCCGUACCUGCCAGAGCGCGUGGUGAGCCCGCAGUACCCACAGCCACAGGGCUACCCGACCCUGGCACAGCCCAUGUACCCUCCACACUACGACAGCCGCCGCGUCUACCCCCCCGUGCAGCCCUACCAGCGCGACGACGUGGUGCGGGGCAGCCCGGUGCCCAUCGACAUCCCGCAGGCGGCCGUGCCCCUCUACGUACCUGAGAACAGAGACAGAUACCAGCAAACAGAGGCUUAUUGCCCAGUGGCUCCACAUCUCGGUCAGAUCAGACCUUCGUGCCACAGGCCUCAUCCCAGCCUGGAUGAACUUCACCGACGAAGGAAAGAGAUCAUGGCCCAGCUGGAAGAGAGGAAGGUGAUUUCUCCACCUCCUUUUGCACCAUCACCAACCUUGCCUCAUCCUUUUCACUCAGAGGAGAUUUUUGUUUUUGUACAGUACUUGGAUGAAGACCUGAAGGUUGCUGGGAAAUACAAAGGAAAUGACUACAGCCAGUACUCUCCCUGGUCCUGUGACACCAUCGGCUCCUACAUUGGAACCAAAGAUGCAAAACCCAAAGAUGUUGUGGCAGCAAGGAGCGUGGAGAUGGCGAAUGUGGACAGUAAAGCCAUGCGUGAGCAGCGACUGGACAUGCAGCGACGAGCAGCCGAGGCAGGGGACGAUGACCUCAUUCCAUUUGGAGACCGACCAACUGUGUCAAGAUUUGGGGCCAUCUCUCGCACUUCCAAAGCCAUGUACCAGAACUCUGGGCCCAUGCAGGCCAUGGCAGUUCAGGGAGCUGCCACCAAAUCCAUCAUUUCAGACUACAGUCCUUACGAAACCCACGGUGGCUGGGGAGGCUCUCCAUAUUCUCCUCAUCAAAAUAUACCUUCUCAGGGACGUUUCAAUGACAGGGAGAGACUGUCCAUGUCAGAUGUGGCUGGUCAUGGGAAGCAGUUGCCCUCAGCUGAACGAGAGCAGCAGCUGCGAAUGGAACUGCAGCAAGUUGACCAUCAGAUCAGCCAGCAGACACAAAUGCGGGGACUGGAGGCUGUUAGUAACAGGCUGCUGUUGCAGAGAGAGGCGACUACCCUGGCAGGCCAACCACAGCCCCCACCCCCACCUCCCAAGUGGCCUGGGAUGAUCUCAAGUGAACAGCUGAGCUUGGAGCUACACCAGGUGGAAAGGGAAAUUGGGAAGAGAACCCGUGAGCUGAGCAUGGAGAGCCAGCCUUCACUGGAUAUGAAAAGCAAGCUGGGCACCACUAAACAGACAGAAAAUGGGCAAUUAGAACCACAAAACAAGGUUCCAGCUGAGGACCUUACACUGACAUUCAGCAGUGAUGUUCCAAAUGGAUCAGCUUUGACCCAAGACAACAUUGGCCUCCUGUCAAACAAUAUGGCAUCUCUCAGCCUGUCAGAGGACCCCGAGGGAGGAGGAGAUGGCCAUGACUCCCAGCGAGCGGGAGUGACACCCACAUCUGCUCCAUGAAGCGAGGCCAGCACACCCUGGAAUUCCUUCUGCUGGGGUGUCAGCAGCUUCCAUCUUGUGUUUUUUUCCAGGGAUGAUUGGAGAAACCCAGGAGCAGCAGCAGUAGCAGAGCAGCAGGUCCAGAGGCAAUGUGCACAAACACAACUACUAGAAACAAAUCCUGCACAUAGUUCACAUUAACGCAUUUUUUAAUUAAAAAAAUGAAAAUUAGCAGUAUCUGCAAGCAAUUCAAAUUAAAUUUGUUUUUGUUCUGUGAAUGAACUUUAUUUUAAUAACUUUGGACGCCUUGAAUCCCAGGGCUUAAAAAAAAAGAUAUUAUAUAUAUAUACUCUGUUUGAUUAAUUGUAUGAUCUUAAUGAAGUAGGUUUUUUUCUUUUAUUUUGGUAUUAUUACAUACCCAGUGCAUAAUUCCUUAUUAUCUUACUAAAGCAAUUUGGCCACUUCCUUGUAUGGUUUAAGGGUAAACAAGGAAUGAGGGUUGGAGAGUAGCUGUGAAUUGCAGUGUCCAAAGAUGUGCAGCAAACUUCAUGCUUAAAGCAAUUCCUUCGACUACAAAUGACUGAGUCUUUGCAAAGGUGUGGUUCUUUUUAAAGGCUGGCAUUGUUUAAGAUCUGUGUAUGUUAGAACCUGACAGCUGAGUGUUUGUCAGCCUGCAGUGAAUCCACCCUGGAUUCCUGUUUCAUGGGGGAAGAAUUGCACCAAAGUAACCACUGAAGGUGCAGCACAGAUCUUGCCAGAAGUAUUGAGAAGCAAAUUUUGCCUGAUAAAUCUAAUACUUCUCUAAGUGGAUGCUUUGUAGGCAUAAGUCAGAGAAGUCGUGUCUAUUGAUUAUGUUUUUUAAAUUAAAGAUUUUGUUCUUGCUGCACAUUUUUUUACUUUUUUGGCAUAUGCUGAGGUAAGAUCCUGGAUAUGAAGACCUAUUGAGAGUGAUUUUUCAAGUGCUGCUCCCUCUCUACCUUCUUGGCCUGUCCUCAUUUUUUUCUUUCUGGGUUCGACUACUAAGUGGGAAAGCACUGGUUAUGUAAUAAAUUACUGCAUUGCUUUGGUUGGGUAAAGCGAGAGUUAAUAAAGUUUCUUGGGUUUUAGUUUUUUUUUUUUUUCCUUAACCUUAACUCCUGCUGAGGUUAUAGCAACCUUGGGCUAAGCUUUGCAUUCAUCAUACUGUUAAAUGAAACAAAAGGGGGGUGGGAGGGGAUACAGUCUCACUAUUGCCUACCAGUAGGAGAGUCCAAACAAAAGACUCUUUUGAGUAGCAAUUAUUUAAUUUGCCCAGUCAAGGCACCGCGUUUAUAUACUAUUUCACAUUGAAUUUGAUUAUGCCCUACAGACCUGGCUGGUCAAGGAUUUGAUACACAUAUUGGCUUGGGAUUCGAGCUUUCUUUUUUAUUUAAAUAAAAAUUUAUAUAUAAAUAUAUAUAUACAUAUAUACAUAGUUAUAUCUGUAUAUAUAUUGGGUAUGUUUUAAGAAUUUUUUCGCAUGAGCGCAGCUGUUGUGAUCAAAUGUCUGGGAGGUAGAAGCACUGAAUGAAAAUAAAAGCAUUUUUCACCACAUCCCCCCACACUUUCCAUGUGUCUUAACACGGGUUUAUUUCGCUCUUCGUUGAACUUUGGCCUCUUAAUUGCCUGGAGUAGUUUGAAGCUUGCUUUUUUCUAAUGCCUCUUUUAACUUUUGGCAAAGAAUCAACUUUGCACUGAAACAGCUUCAUCUCCCCUUGCCCUUAUCGAUCUGUAUCUCCUACUUGAAGCCAAGCAUUCCAGCCACUCCCUUGGAGCUGAGCAGAACUGGGGUGAUGCAGUUGGGGGAGCCCAUCAGGUCUGUUCCUCCCUUCUCUGCUCUGGGCAUGAGGAGGAUGAAGGUCUUUUCCUGGCUGCCUGCUCCCAAGUCACCUGACAGGCCCUGGGCCCUCUCAUCCUUCGGUGCAGAGCACCACCCUCAGGUCAGCCUCUUACUCAAUUUUAAUUAGUUUGCUCCUUCCUGCUGUGUCGUCAUUAGCACAGGGAACUCAUCUUAGUCAAGAUAAUUAGUGCAAUAUUCUAAUCCAGGAGGACAAGCCCAGAAUGUGCCUUUUUUUGACUGUAGUAAUUGUGGAUGUAAAAUUAAUUUUCAAAGAUGGUUAUGAUAGGUUGGACACUGCAGAUUCAUUUGUAAUACUAGAAAGAAAAUCUAGAGGGACAAAAACCUCCUCAUGUUUUAUUUUCUAGUUCCCUCACCAAUUAGGGAUUAUUCUUUUCUCCACUUUUUCUCCUGGAAUUCUUCAGUAAGCACUAUUUAGAUUGCUGGCCUACAUAUGAUGAAUGCUUUUAAAAUCUGUGGAUUAGAAGGAAGACCUUACUGGGGUAUUUUUUUUUCCUUCGUCCAGCCCUCUGUGCUGUACUUUGUGCAUAGGAUUUUUUUUUCCUUCGUCCAGCUCUCUGUGCUGUACUUUGUGCAUAAUGUCCUUGUUGUGAUCAAUGUAUCCAGGUGAAUGCCCUGUUUGCCCAGAAUUAUAGUUUGGCUUGUUAAAUAGUUUGUUUAAUAUCUACUAACAGUAUUGAUUUUCGACUUCGUUUCAUCCCCCUCCUCCUCUUACCCUUUUUCUGCUGUUUUUACAAAAGUUUUGUUGAUUAAACAAAUCAAACAGCAAAAUGCAGUGCAUGCUUUUAAGUUUUUUCUGGAAACUGCACCUAAAAUGUUCCGGUUUUGUGGAAAAACUGGGAGACCAUGGGGGACAGAUAGCUCUGUAUGUAGUGGCAGCAUUGAUGUUUACAGCUAACAAGUGUGAAAAUGUCUGGAGUGACUCUAUCUUGCUGCACUCAUUCCUGUAGCCCAUCAUAGUCCCAGUCAUACAGGAGUUCUGGCCACCUCAGUGAAAUUGGUCUUGGCUACCAAGUGAUUUAGUUCCUUCUGUUGGGCAAGAGGAAGCAGUAUUGCCAUGGUGUCAGGCACUGCUGUGUCCUUUGGUAGGUAGGUUAAAUUUUCUGCUGCACCAGACAUCUCUGAACCCUCAUCGAUAUCUGAAUUUCAGCCAGAUGGACAGCAUGGACAAACCUUCAGAAUAGGAAGCUUCAAGUGGUAGGUUAAGCUUCAGUGUGUCAGUGAUUCAGUCAGUAUAUAGAUGAUAUCUCUUUAUUCUGUGGUGUUAUUUCCCUCCUUCUGUCAGCAUCUCAUCUGUCUGUCCUGUGACCUAGUUAUUUUUUCUUAAUAGGAGAAGUUUAAAGUUUUUCUUCUGCCCUUCUUGCAUGCUGUCCCAUUUCAAAGUAGGACUUUUUUUCUGUAGAUCAGAGCACCUUUCAAGCUAGCAGCACUUUUAUCCCUGUUCUUCUCAAGUUCUGCUCUGUGUAGUUUUUUCUGAGCCGUCUCUCCCCUUUUUGUGUCUUUUUCUCCUGUGGCUUGCCCAUCCACCCUCCCUGAUUGUGUAACAGUGACAGCUUGCUGCCUCAAAACAGAGCAUUCAAAUGAAUUCGCUUAGCCAAUAACUUCUGUGAAGUUGCCUUUUCUAAUGGUGUUAUUACUCAGUGAUGCACAAAUGUGAUAUUGCCCCUACUGGUAGGCAAACGGGGGAUCUGUAUAAACAUGGUAAACUGCUGUUUUUGUUUAAAGGAGAGCCAAAGACUUGUGCUUUACACUUUUUUUCCCCCUGGUGUAGCCAUUUUGAUUGUCAGACAUUUGCGUAGGGUACUGUGAGUUGACUGUAUUAUCCUAAUAACAAUUUCCAGAAGUUAAUGAUUGUCAAGCCUUGCCCAUGCAUUGAAUUGUGGAAAAUCAUUCCAUUAAGUCAUACAAUUUGCAAUGUACUGAGAUGUAUCUGAGGUGUUGUGAUGUGUUUUCAGUCUUCCAUGCACUCUCAGCUGACUGAAUGGCUCAUUUAGAGAAGGAGAAGGAACAUAGAAAUGUUAUAAUCCCUGAAGCCUUGUUUUUAAGUGUUUCUAAAUUAAAUACUAAUUGAAAAUUUCUUCAGUUACAGUAAAAGAUAAAUCUGUGUUACAAAUGUGACUGACUUUUAAAUCCACUGGGACGGAAAAGAAUUGUGAAACACUAGCAUUGCAUUAAAUUAGAUGUGGAAGAACCAAACUUGUGAUGAUAUUGUCUCUUGGCAGCAUGGACUGAGUAAGGUGGGGCAAAUUUUUUAUUAGAAAGGGCCACAAGUGAAGUUUUGAUUGAUAAUACAAGAAAGCUGAUGGCAUUCCCCUUCCUUGAGCUACUCAAAUUCUCACACACUUGUUUACUAAAGUUUUUAGGUUCAAAAAGAAAUCUCUUAAAAUCUGAGUAGCAUAAACCCUCAUUUCCAUUGCCAUUUAUAAUUUUUGGACUAUAACAAACCACACUGACAAGACAGUCAUCUGAAAGACCUCCAGUAUGAAGUUUUUUUCUGGAGUGGCUCUUUCAGACCUGCUUUUAUGGUCCAAGAAAUGCCAUGCCAGUGUUCAGGAGGCUCAACAGCAGGAGUGCCAGCCACCUUCUCCGCUCAAAAAUGGGAGAAAAGACUCAAACAUAUGCAGCGUGCAAGCUUUUGUUCUUGUCUGUGUGUGUAUGGAGAAGUGUUUUUGGUCAUAGGAUAGAUAGAAGGAACACAGAGCAGUGCUGCUGAGGCAUGAUGUUACAUUCAUAUUCAAGUUUUGUAAGCAUUCACUUUCCAAAACACAGCCUUCCAUUCCUGCCUCCUAACGUUGCUGAUUUAAAAACAACCCAAAAGAAGUUAGCAUGUCAGCAACUUAAUUUCUUGUAUCAUAAUAAAUCAGUUCCCCCGAGGGGAAAAAAGAGAGCAACAUGGUAAUGGAGUUAUGAACUGGAAAACCAUUCACCUUGCUUGAGUAUGUGUAAACUGAAUUUCUGAGGAAAAAUGAAGCAGCUCUUCUAAGCCACAGCUAUGGUGCCAAGAGAUGGGUGGUAAAUCAGCAUACAAAUUAUUCUGUAACACAAAUUGAUUUGCUCUCAAUUCGAAUUGACUCUUAAUUCCCAAUGAAGUUUUUGACAUUUUUUCAUUUCCAUAGUCAGCUGUUACCAACUGCAUUAUUUUCUGUUGGAAUGUCAGGGGAUGACAGAGACUAGAGUUAAGUUAAUUCUAGUUAUACAACAUAAGAAAGGGAUUUGGGGAAAUGUUAUCCCAGCACAGUGUCCUUCUAUAGUUAACAUGUGGCCUUUAUUCUUCUGUAGGAAGAAGAAUGUAACUGCUUAGUGUUGUCACAGUCUUUGAAGCACUUCUUGUGAUGCAAGUAGAGCCUUGGUUAGCAGAGAAAGGAGAACAAACUUAACAUUUAUUUUCUUUAUAAUUUUAUUUCCUAUUGGCAAGUGUAAUGUUAUGCCAUGGGGAAGCAAAGAGGCUGCAGCUUUUUCUGAAAUUUCCUAAUGUAAAGAGUGCAUUGCAAUGUGGGUUUGUCUGCAUCAGGAACAUCGCAGUCAUUUAAUGUUUAAAAUAUGUGGCCAUAAUAAUCAAAAUUGGAUGCCUGUAGCUUAGUAACAUGAGUAAUUAACUGAUCUUUCCCAGGCAAUCUUUGCAAUUCCAGUGAGUUUGUGUAUGAUUUUUAGUGCUAAUUGCAAGAUGUUCAGCAGUUGGGAAGGUUUAGGUGCCUAACUUCAUCCAGCAAGGCAGCUUUGCUUGGAUAUACUGGUUGGAUGUUUUCAUAUGCCAGGAAAAAACUGUUUUGAAGAUCUGCAAGUUUUAGGAAAACACAAUUGUCCGCUUCAAUUUGAAAAAUACAGCAUUGGAAGAGACAGAAGCAACAGGUAGUGCAGUCUCUGGAAAUAAAAAGCAUUAGACAUGAUGGAAUUACAUGUGAAAUGUAUAUGGGGUAAAUGUAUCUGUAAGUGGAAAAAAAAAUAUUGUGGAGUACUUGAUGCUCAAGAAAUUAUUUGCUUCUUUGUAAUGUUAAAAAUAUUUUAUUAAUAGUUCUGUGGCAGACACUACUCACAAGUCUUUGGCAUCCAAACCAGAUUGUAUAUCAGAUGGAUCCCACAACUGGAUGUGUGCACUGACCUCUUUAUUUGUAGCUUUUAAAAAUGAAUCUGGCAGCAGCCUUUGAUAAAUGCAUGAAGCAACCUGAGAGGAAGCAACCUCGUUCACAUCAAGCUGCUGCUCAGCUCCCAAUUGGUGCUGUUCAUCUGCAGCCUCUCCUAAGUGACGCUGAUCAACAUGGGCAAAACGAAUCACUUUUACAGUUUUUCCUAAUUUUAAGGAGUUCCCAUUCCCCCUUUAGCCUCAGUUUGCUGUGUAAGCAGCUUCCAUGCUAAAAGGAUCUUUCCUUGAAGUCAGCAAGUGUUCUGUAGCUUGGCUAUUUUUCUCUAUUUUCUCUAACUGGUAGCGUUGUGUUAAGCUCUUCCCCCCCUUGUAUUUGUUGCUGUGGGGAGGAAGAGGUGAAGCAAGACUUGUGUGAGAGGAGGGAGGAAGAAUUGUGGGAUCUGUAUGACAGCUCCCACUUCUUCUUUGAAAUCAUCCACUUCCAGUUGUGGGAUUUCUCGAUACAUGAUUUUUUUUUGUGGUUAUUGUAAGUCUAAUUUUCUUUGAUCUUGUUAGUUCCUUACAAGUCUCCCCGAGACAUUCUGCAGUCAUUAUCACCUUUUUGGGUGGAGUUUAUUUUAUUUUUUGGGUUGUUUGUUUGUUUUGUUUUUUAAAUAACUUUUUAACAUUGGUGCAUAUAUGCUUGGGAUAGAGCUCAUGUAAUUAUCCAAUCGUAUUGAUUGUAUGUGAUUGUGCCCUGCAGAGGUAUAUUUAACAAAAAAUAAAAUAAAGGAUAGUCUAGGUAAUAAAGGAGACCAUGAAAUUUGUUGAGUCAGGUUAUGAACUAUUUCUUAAAUUUAUUUAGGAUCCUAAAUAAGUGAAAUUCCAUCUGUUGUUCUCAUGAAUCAGUGCUAAACAAAAUAUCAUUCAUUCUCUCCUUGUGUUUUUCCUUGCUUUUCUUCUCCUUCUGCUGUUUUCUUCUAUUCCUGUUUCUCUUUCCCAUAAACAAAAUUCUCAAUCCUUCAUGGGAGUGGCUUACUCUGGGUUGAUAUUGUGGAUAUUUAUUGUUUGUAACUAUCAAAACAUCCUGAAUAGGAGUAGAGAUAAAAUAGAAUGUAUGAGAAUUCCAUAAAUUGAAUUCUUUGCAGGUUCAGGGGAAUUAUGAAGUCUUGUUCAUACAGGCCUGGUCAUGAAAGAGAUGUUCAGAGGUACAUGGGCAAUUGCUAUGUCUUUUCCAGGAAAGUUUAGAUGCUUUGCUACCUUUUGGGAAAACUGAGAUAAGAAGAAAGUUCUCUAUAUCCAACUCCCUGUGUCUUUACUCCUACAGUAUACUUUGUAGACUUGAAAGAAAAAUCUUCUAGAUACUCUGCUGAAGUGGGAUAGAAUGCAUUGAAGGAGGCAAAAGGCAAGAGGAUCAGAGAUUUUAAAAUCAGUAUUGGUCUCCUUUAUUUAAUUCUCAGACCUAUAGAGCCAAUGGUGUCACUUUUGUGUGAAAGACAAGGGAGUGGAGACCUACUGUACGUGGAUAGCAGUUAUAUAGAAAAAGCCAUAUGUUGAAAUGCUAUUUCUUCUUCCCUCUUCACCUUGCUUUUCUCCCUCUUAAAGCUGACUCAACCUCACCUUUCUCUCACAGAAUGUCUGAGGGUCCUUUGAAUUGCAGAUUGAACAAAAAAAAGUUGGAAAAUGAUUCACUAUUUGGUUUGUAAAUAGAUGGAAGUGUCUACAAAGUCUUACCUGCUUUUCUGUCAGCAUUUAUAUUAAGUGAUAAAUUAAUGAAGAACACUUUGAAAUAUCUCUUGUUUUCUGUCUGGGAUGAAGGUACAUUCUUCUAAAUUUUGUGGGAGAUGUGAGACUGUUGGACCAUCUGAGUAAGAUUUUCAUCAGCUCAGGGUGUGUGUGUUCUCUGCCAGGCUGGAGCAUAAGAGAUGCCAAAUAGCAGAGAAGCCAUGGCUCCUGGGUUUGGUCUGCUCUCUUCUGACUUCACCUAUAAACAAAGUGGCUCCUUCACUUGUUCACCAGAGGUGAUCAAGAAAAGAUACUCAAUCAGUUUUGUUAAUUGCUCCGAGUGUACGUAUUUGAAAAGCAAACCAGACCCUUCAGAGCAAGGACUGAGCAGGAUUUGUCUCAUGUUGAGCCUGGUUUGGAACUUGCCUUAAAGUGAGAAUAAGUUUUGCACCACA